UCCCUCGCAUUCCCCCAAAGAGAAUAUAUGCAAAGUCCAUAGGCAUUGGCAAGGCAAGUUCUUGAAAAGAAACAGAUGAAUAAGAUCGAAGAAGAAGGCAUGGUUAUAGCUUCCCAAUCCCAAACAGAGCUACCUUUAAAUGAGAAUGACUCUCAGGACAUGGUUAUAUACCAAGUCCUGAACGAGGCUAGUAAUAACCAUCAGCAGCAGCAGCAUGAAGCGGCUUCGUUCAUGAUGAUGAGUAGCGGACAGCAACGGCGUGGCAUGGAAGCAAAGAAGAACAUAGCGAAGAAGCACUACAGAGGGGUGAGGAGGCGGCCAUGGGGGAAGUAUGCGGCGGAGAUAAGAGACUCGGCGAGACAGGGAGCAAGGAUAUGGCUUGGGACGUUUCAAACAGCGGAAGAAGCUGCCAUGGCUUAUGAUAGAGCUGCCUUCAAGAUGAGAGGUUCCAAGGCCUUGUUGAACUUCCCUGCUGAGGUUGUUGCAGCUGCUUCUUCCACUGCUUCUACUUCCACUCAUACUUAGACUCUCUUCAAAUCUUUCUCCUUCUUUCUUCUCUUUUGCUUUAAUUUUCUGUAUUUAAUUAUAUAUAAUCAAUCAAAAUUCUCUCAUUCAUCUUUCA